CAACCACGCCGCCUAGGGUUCCACCAGAGAGGAAAGGGGAUCGGGUGUCAGUUAUGCGCCGCCGCCUGCCGUGCGACGAUCUCCCCCCUCUCGCCGUCGCAAUCUCCGGCGGAUGCCUCGAAUGAGGAUCCAGUGCUGCUUCCGAGUAGGCGACCAAAUAAGCAGCUCCCCCUUUGGGAGCUGCACUCCCCAAUCGAAGCAACAGCAGCAGCGGCGAUCCGCAAUCAAGCGGCUGCGCUCCGAGCUGCAACCGGCAAUCCAAGCAAUCAAGCGGCUCCAAUCUGAGCCGCAGUCCGCAAUCGAAGCGGCUCCCUUUUUUAGUUGCAAUCCGGAAUCAGAGCAGUCCUUCCCGGAUUAGAAUCAGAAACAGGCCCUCUUUCGAAUUCAGUCUCCGAGUUUCCAUUGGUGGCGGGAACCCAGCACCUAUAUAUAUCUGGCCGGAGGUACUCGCCAAUCUUCGGAGGAGACCAAGCCGCGGCAACUCGUGAGCCUUCAUCAGCUGUCAAAUUCACGGCGACUAAUUCUUGUCGGGCCUCGGCGGAUCUUCGUGGCAGCCAUGGGAAAAGUUGAUAGGCUCAGCGCAUUGCCUGACGACGUUCUGGUCAACAUUCUUGACCGACUCAAUGUCCGUGAGAAUGCAAGAACUAGCAUCCUCUCAAGACGGUGGACUCAGCUCUGUGCCAAGCUGUCUCGGCUUAUAAUAAGCGCUCUGGACUUCCUGCCCAAGGAUGUGUUGUGCACAGACAUCUCUGAUGAUGAAUUGGUUCGCAUCAAUGCAGCUGUGGUUCAAGCGACAGAUAGCAUAUUGACACGCAGAAAUCCUGGAGAGCACACCAUCCGCCUUCUGUCCACAAUGUUUUACUUGAGAGAUGAUGUCCCCAUAUCCAUUGGGCGUGUUGUUGGUCGUGCCAUGGCGGCAAGCUUGGUUGAGAAUGCCAAAUUCACUGUUAUGACAGGGAAGUAUGACAAUGGUGACAUGGCUGAGCAUGAUCUGGUCACCUCUGCGAGAAAUUUCAUGUUGUUUUUUGAUGCCUGUCCAAGUGCAUUUGGUGGUCUCACUACCCUUGACCUAGAGAAUUUGAGAUUUGGUGAACCAGACAUAUCAAAUGUCCUCAUCACUUGCAAGCGCUUGAAGCGUCUGCGUUUGUACAAUUGUGACUCUGGUGAUUGCAGCACGCUGCAAGUUGAACAUGCUCAUCUCAGUGAGCUUAGUAUCAUCCACUGUAUGCUUCAACGAGUUGAGCUGAACUGGCUCCCUCAACUCACAACAAUGGUCUUUGAUGGUUGGCUACAAUUCCAAGAUCCACUGUUCAUUGGUCAUGUCCCAUUGCUGGUGGUUGUAAGCCUCACAAAUCUUGCCUUUAGUUUCAACAAGAUGGUGUUGUUAAGUGAGUUUCUUAGCGGUACCUCUAUACGAGAUCUGAAGUUGGCAUUUAAUUCUGAAAAGAUUUGGGUACAGCCAGAAUGUCCGACGCCAUGUCUGGCAUCUGUUUUCCGCCAACUAAGGUUUGUGAAUCUACUUCAUCUUCCUGAAGGGUAUGAUCUCACGUGGACAAUGUAUUUUCUUGAAGCUGCGCCCUUACUGAAGGAGCUAUACAUGACGGUAUGGGAUCAUGCGUGUAAUAUGGAAAUGGACGAGGAGAAGAGGAAAGAAGACUUGUAUAGUGAGAACAGGGGUGUAGAGUGGGACUUGGUGGCAGCAGAUUUCCAACACCAAAGUUUGGCCACACUCGUCAUUUUUGGCUUUGAAUCUGAAGAUUGCUUUGUGAGUUAUUUGAGGCGUGUUCUGGUGGCGGCGGUCAAUCUAGAGGAUGUGUUCCUGUAUAGUAGGUUGGAGUGUGGCAGUUGCGAGGAGAGGAAGCUUGGCAGGUACCCCUGGACUAAAAGGCAGAGGAUCUCCAUGAAGAAGAGACUCACCACUGGGAUCGAGUCGUUUGCGAUAUUUCACUAUGGUGAGAUGAGGCCUGGUCAUGUAGCAAAAAUGGAGUACCCAGAGUGCUCAAUUAUCGAGGGAAAAAAGGGUUAUCGCUGACGCAAAAAGGUGUUGAUUUUAGCUACCCAGUAGUAUUAGGUGGUGCUUGCUUGCAUGGUUACUGCAGUCGGGAAUGGAAGCUAAUGGCAUGGACCAGGUAAAACUCAGUGAGCAGUGUAACGCAGACAAAGGUCAUCAA